UGAUCAGAAACACAGAUGGAGGGAGUGAAUUCAUGGAUAAAAAUGGAAGACAUUGAAAACUAUACCAGUCUACAAGAGUUCACAGAGGAUAUCUCUCAUAGUGGAAACAGACCAAUACUCAACACAUUGCAGGGCAAACAAGGUGUCGACAAAGGGGCAAAGUGUUUGAGGGGGCAGGCCUCUCUUAUCCUGUCCAUUGCCCUAUUGGCCUCUGUUUGUGCAAACAUAGUACUUGGUGUUCUCUUAAACAGUCGCAAAUCAUCUCCUACUGUACUGCAAGCUGAGAGUGAUGAAUCUGAGGCCGCUUCUUUGUCUCUCAAACUUACCGCCAUGCAGGAACGUUUCUCUCGCCUUUGCUCUGAAUACAUGACUCUUGGACAGACAUGCUCAAAACAGGUGAUCCAGUGUAUGCCAUGCCCAGAGGCUUGGAUGCAUUUGGAAGGGAGGUGUUAUUUCUUUAGUGAGGACAAACUUGACUGGGAACACAGCAAAGACAGCUGUGCAUCUAUGGGUGGACAUCUGACUAUACUGCACAGCCAUGAGCAACAUCACACCCUUGAGAGUGUCGCACACCAGAGUGGUGGACAAGACUAUCAUUUCUGGAUUGGCUUAUCAGACACUGAGACUGAGGGGGUGUGGAAAUGGGUGGAUAACACAGUUGUUAAUAGGACGUUCUGGAAUGAAUGGCAUAAAGAGCCAAAUAAUCACCAGUCCGAUGGGAUUCAUGGAGAGGAUUGCGCAGUGCUGGAUUCUCGUUCCAAAACAUGGUUCGAUGUGCCCUGCCAUUUCAGUUACAAACGUAUCUGUGAGAUGGAUCCUAUCACCAUCAGCAUAUGAAUAGAAGUUGAAGUGUGCAAAAUACGUGUUUCUAUUUUUUUUCUGUUGACCCUUGUCUUUUUAAUAAACAAUGAAAUGUGAUUUAAGAA